UAGUAGUCCAUAUAUUUCAUUGAGUCCCCAAAUCUCUCUACGUUUCAACAUGCCUACAACCUUCUCAAAGCUACUCUCCUCCACUUUCUUUUUUCUAUCUACUCUGCUCCUCUUCUCCAUUAAACUUGCCUCUGCAAAACCCCAUGGCUUCUCAAACAGUUUGUCUCCCAAACACUUUGGCCUCAAACGACAGAAACUCAGCCAUCUUCACUUCUACUUCCACGACGUCGUCAGCGGACGAAAUCCCACUGCUAUCCGGGUCGCCAGUGCAGCCUUGACGAACAAAUCCGAGACUGGUUUCGACACUGUCGUGAUGGUUCAUGACCCUUUGACGGCUACACCCGACCGGAACUCCAAGCUUGUGGGAAAAGCGCAAGGGAUUUACGCAUCCGCAGCGCAAGACGUUGUUGGUUUGUUAAUGGUAAUGAACUUGGCUUUCGUGGAAGGCAAGUAUAACGGUAGUGCCCUUAGUCUUUUGGGGCGGAACACGGUGUUCUCGACGGUGAGGGAGAUGCCUAUCGUCGGCGGUAGCGGCCUUUUCCAAUUUGCCCGUGGAUAUGCUCAGGCGAAGACUCAUACAUUCAAUAUUAAAACUGGGGAUGCAGUUGGGAAGACAUAUCUAGGCGAAAGGAACAAAAUUUAGCACACCAGACACCAGAUAGCUAGAUCAGCCUUUGCACCGACGGGGCGGUUCAAAUUGCUUCUGAAAAUGCUGCAGCAAGGGGAUUCAUAAGGAAUAGAGAUGGAGAGUAGAUUAUGGGGUUGAUAAGUGUCAAAAGUAACAUAUUUUAGUCUCGUUUUUAAUGCGCUUUUGGAUGAUUAUUCAAUGCAAAAAUGGUCAAUUUUAUUCUCUUAA